CCUUGCUGCGCUGUGUCCGGGGAGAGGAAGUGCCCGCCGGUGUCCGCCGCGGCCGCCGGCCCCUCGCCCGCCGGUGGUGCCGCCGCACGGUAUGCGCUGACCCGCCCCGCCCGCCCGCGGCGCGCCCGCACGGCGCUCGCCGCCAGUCCGAGGCUUGAAUGACAGAGGAGGUGCCCCCCACUGCACUUACAGACGUAAACCUGCGUCUUCUCUGCCACAAUGACAUAGACACAGUGAAACAGCUCUGUGGCGACUGGUUCCCAAUAGAGUACCCUGACUCAUGGUACCGGGAUAUCACUUCCAACAAGAAGUUCUUUUCCCUCGCAGCCACGUAUAGAGGCUCCAUUGUGGGAAUGAUAGUGGCAGAGAUCAAGAGCAGGACAAAGGUUCAUAAAGAGGAUGGAGACAUCCUAGCUUCCAAUUUUCCUCUGGACACGCAAGUUGCUUACAUCCUAAGUCUUGGAGUGGUGAAGGAGUUCAGAAAACAUGGAAUAGGUUCGCUUUUGCUUGAAAGUUUAAAAGACCAUAUAUCAACAACUGCCCAGGAUCACUGCAAAGCCAUCUACCUGCACGUCCUCACCACUAACAACACAGCAAUAACCUUCUAUGAAAACAGAGACUUUAAACAGCACCACUAUCUUCCCUAUUAUUAUUCCAUUAGAGGGGUCCUCAAAGAUGGCUUCACCUACGUCCUGUACAUCAAUGGUGGACAUCCACCCUGGACAAUCUUAUAUCCUUUACAGCACAUUGGAUCAACACUGGCCAGCCUGAGCCCAUGUUCAAUUCCCCAGAGGAUAUAUCGGCAGGCCCAGAGCCUUCUCUGCAGCCUUCUCCCCUGGUCAGGCAUUUCUGCCAAGAGUGGCAUUGAGUACAGCCGGACAAUGUGAUGGGAGCGGGAGGUACAGAAGACAAAGGAUUGUUCUUCCUUUCAUCUCCUGAACCAUCCGGCUCUGCACUGGUGCCAGGGAUGACGACAGCUCUUGAUCAGUGACCCAGCCCCUGGGCAGGACUCCUUCUUCCACAGGUUGACCGAGAUUUGGUAGACUUCACACUUGCGGGGCUGCAGCCCUGACUUACCCCAUGGCCUCGAGCCCUGGCUGUGCCCCGGCUGAGGGCCGUUUGCAUCUCACCACUCUUUGUGCAUGUUGCACUGUCCCUGCCACUUCCCUUGCCUCUGGUUUGCUAUUUGUAUACGUGAUGUAGAGGGGUUCAGCUGCUGCUUCCACACCAUGGCUACUGAAAGCAGGGGGAAUGAGGUUAAUGAAUCUGUGCUGACCAUGUAAAUGAGCUGUAAGUGCCCUGGCAGGAUGUAGUCAUGCCCUUAUUGCGAGGGAAGGGGGAACCGGGUGAGGGGAAGUGAGGAUCAUGUCUGGGUCCUGCCAGGUCAGGCGCUGGUGCUUCCUGCGGGUAACCUCCAGGGGGCACAACUGCCUCGCAUGAAAACCACCCAGCCCCGCCAUCCCUCCAGAGCGACUUACAAAGCAGCAUCUCAUUCAGGAUGCAUCAAGUAGAAGGCAGGGAAUGAAACUGCUAUUUCAUAGUGAAAUAUAUAUAUAUAUAAUACUGUA